CUUUACUCUAUCAACAAUUAUUUCUCUCUGAUAUUUCUUUCAACGCCAAAAAAGACAUUGUCAAUUAAGGUUAUGCUAGAUUCUAUUCUAGUCCAGUAAAAACAUGACGUAGUCCUGAGAAAUUCCAAAUUGAGCGAUGGUAACAGCGUUCCUUCUAGUUUUAGCUUUGGUCAGUGCUAAGGAAUACCUUGGGUUGAAUACGGCGAAUGUCCAGCGAGGUCACGCAAUGUGCAGCGCGUAUGGACACAAGCUAGUGACCGCGAAGUUCGGGAAGGAGACCCAUUUGCUGUGUUUGAAGUUGAAAGCCAUAGGAUCCUCCCCGCUGACAUCCCACCAGUCUGCUUUAUUCUUGGACCCUGAGUCACUAGAGCCUGAUGGAGACAACGACAUUAGAGCUUUCUCCCUGGCCGACGUGACUAUGGCAUAUGGGUUUCCCGUGGAAGACCCUAGCGCAGGUUCUGCAGAGGGCUACAUCGGUGACGAUCACCAGUUCUACGGAGUACUGCAUUUAGGCAACAGGACCCUCCACGCGGAUCCAUACGGGAGGGAUGACCCCAAGAAGUUGUUCGGAGCAUUCGACAACGAGUACGAGGGGGGCCCGCGCCUGCGCCGGGACUAUGCCCAGCUGGACUUCCUGGAACGUCUUCCAUACUUCCCUUUCCAAAUCGAAGAGCACAAAAGAACGCCUGGCAUCGCUCGCGCCAGGAUCUGUGACCUGCUGCUGCUCGCCGACAAGAGGUUCUAUGAGAGUGACGCCAACUCCAGCCUCAACCACGUGGUCAGAAGGAUGAUGCAUGCAGUAGCUCAAGCUGACAUCAUAUUCAGGAACGCUGACUUCGAUGAGGACGGCGUGCCUGAUAAUAUUGGUUUCUCCGUGAAGUAUAUUCUGGUUCUGACAUCCGAGGAGACCAACGGUCGUGUAUUCGGCGACCUUCUCCAGCACCACUCCAUUGACGGCCGCGACUAUCUGAUGAGGUUCGCGAGGCUGCGGCGACUUUCAGAAGUGUGUUUGGGAGUCGCGUUCUCUGGACACGCCUUCCAUAACCGGACACUUGGUCUGAGCUUCACAUCUCUGGGCGGCGGUCUGGGCGGUGCAGCGGGCGGGCUGUGCGACCGGCGUGCUUACGGCCGCUCGCUCAAUACGCUCGCCAUCGCUCACGGUACCACACACCCGUUGGAGAGAGUGCCUGAAAGGAUCGCCGCUCUCACUUUAGCACACGAGAUGGGGCACAGUUUCGGCGCCCACCACGACGACAACUUCCCUAACCCCGAGUGUCGCGGCUACUUGAUGGGCUCCCAGUCCAGCGCGGCCAGCACCGGCAUGAACUUUGAGUUCUCCAUGUGCAGCAAACGGCUCAUAGCAGCAACGCUGAGUAGCAUGAGUUACUGUCUGUCGGAGGAGGACAGGCCGUAUUGCGGAAAUGGUAUUGUGGAGGAAGGAGAGUCCUGCGACUGCGGGCUGCCGUCGCGUUGUGUACACAGAGACCCCUGCUGCACUCCCCGCGCUGGGGGAGCACUCGUAUUCGAAGAAGGGGCACUUCACAAGGAGGGUUGUUCUGUAGCACCGAGAGCUGCGUGCCACCCAUCUCAGGGACUGUGCUGCACCAACAACUGCCAGUACGCCAACCUACUCAGGAGUGGCAUAGAUUGCAGCGCUCAGGAGCGGGAAUGUUCGUGCACCAAUUCAACAGACUGUCAGUGCGGUCUGGGCGGACGGUGUUUUCCAGACGGCUCGUGUCACGCGGCCGAAUGCGCUACUUUAGGGCUUAGGGAAUGCGAUUGCCCUAAGAAAGGACCGGGUGGAUUGAUCUCCGAGCUGAAGAUGUGCGGUAUCUGCUGCCAGUUAAACAGUACAGGCGAGUGCGUGGGCGCGCAGAUUGCCGCAGGGGCCGCCCUGCUGGCGUCCAGGCUGCCGAACGAGUGGCCAGACCCACAUUACCGGGGCCCGAACGUUUCACUGCGUCUCUGCAACGGCGACUCAUGCCGUCACGUAGAAAUCCGCGCGUGGCCUAUAGGCGGCGCGUGCGUCUCACACAACACAGUGGGCGUGUGCUCGCGACAAGCUCACUGCAAGCGGGCGCUGCACACGCCGCGCUCCAACCUCUACCCCGACAUUAUGAGUAUCAAAAUGUUCGGCAGAAAAUCAGCAACCAGACUGAUCGCAACCAUUACACAUUUACUAAUACCGUUUGUUGUAGUUGUCGCGCAAUAAAUAAACAAUACUUUCAAAAACAUCAAUAUUUUAUUUUAUUA